AUGACACGCCGAGUAGACGUUAACAGUGAACCAUAUGCUGCCUAUUUAGCACCAAGUCAAAUACCACAAAUUAAUCCAACCAACGUCUUCUAUACAACUGAUGGUCAAUGUAAACGUUAUUAUUGUGCCGUGUGCGGUGAAUGUCAUCCAGUCAAUACACAUCGAACACAACGACUAACUGAAUGGUUAACUGGAACUACACUACCAGAUGCCCUGCAUAGAUCCUCUGAGGCUAAAAUUAUUGAUGAUUUUACACAGUUACGCUUUCAUCAAGCUAGAACGUCGAAUAAUGACAGCCAUCCGUGUACAAUAACUGAAAAUAUACUGAAUGAAGCUAGACUAAAGGAGAAAUCUUUCAAACCGUGUUAA